UUUGGUCAGAGUUUUUCUCAGUGCAAAAAGAAAAUGAGAGCUUAUCUGGAGCUCCAAAUGCAUAGGGUGGGUUUUAAGCAAGGGGUUAAAACUACUUUUCACAACUAACAAAAUUUCAAAUGCACACUGUAUAUGUUUGUGGGAGGGGGUUACAAAAAGGGAAUCCUCAAUACCAAUUGGCUAGUCUCUAUCAGCUGCAGUUCAGCUGAAGCUGCUGCUGAGGAGCAGUAUUGAUCUGAAGAGUUAAUGUGUAGGGAAGCACAGAGAGGGAUUCAGUCGUUUCUCAGAAGGGAGCCAACCUCUUCCAGUAAGAAAGCGGUUUCUACCUGUCUUUCCUGCCUGCGAGAUCCUUUGUGAAUGAAGGGGAACACGAGAAAGGGCAGUUUGUUGCUACAGUGAUUCAGAGAAAGAGGUAUUGCUGCUGUGCAUACUGCUGCUGCUGCUGCUGAUCUCGCUGAGGCUGCUGCAGCUUCGUGUAGCAGACUGUGAGGAGUUCAACAUCAACGGGGAAAAAAAAAGGCAGAGCAGUAUGCAGCUAUCCAGAGGAUGUUGAUUGCAACUUAGAUUAUCCCCAAAUCGCUGUUGAUUUGACUGAUGCUCCAGCUUUAUCAGAGAAAAGAUUUCAAUUAAGGUCCCUUUAGAUGGAAUUUAAUGUGACAAAAACCUUGUCGUCAGAAGGAUUAAUGUCUGCAUUAGCAUUUCCGCAAUAAAAUCGGAAGCUAAGUGGUGGAGGCCACAGACACCUCAAACCUGGAUUCCUCUGCUCUGCAUUAAGUACUGGAGUUUUUAUUACUUGCUGUAGGGAAGCCAUUGCCAAUGCUUACAAGGAACUGCUUAUCCCUGCUUCUCUGUGUCCUGUUUGAUGGAGGUCUCCUAACACCACUGCAUCCACAACCACAACAGACAUUAGAACCAGAGGCAAGAGAAAAUGUCCCAGUGCCAGGGAGGAGGUCAUUUGCCCAGCGAGUCAAACGAGGCUGGGUUUGGAAUCAAUUUUUUGUGCUGGAGGAGUACAUGGGCUCUGAACCUCAGUAUGUUGGAAAGCUUCAUUCUGAUUUGGACAAGGGAGUGGGCACUGUAAAAUAUACCCUUUCAGGAGAUGGUGCUGGCACUGUUUUUACCAUUGAUGAGACCACAGGAGAUAUUCAUGCCAUAAGGAGCCUAGAUCGAGAAGAAAAACCUUUCUACACACUCCGGGCACAGGCUGUGGAUGUUGACACCAAGAAACCACUAGAGCCAGAAUCAGAAUUCAUCAUCAAAGUGCAGGACAUUAAUGAUAAUGAGCCAAAGUUUCCGGAUGGGCCUUAUGUUGCCAGUGUCCCAGAAAUGUCUCCAGUGGGAGCAUAUGUGCUUCAAGUAAAGGCGACAGAUGCUGAUGAUCCCACUUAUGGAAACAGUGCUAGAGUGGUUUACAGCAUUCUUCAGGGGCAACCAUAUUUCUCAAUUGAUCCAAAGACAGGUGUAAUAAGAACAGCUUUGCCAAAUAUGGACAGAGAAGUGAAAGAGCAGUAUCAAGUUCUAAUUCAAGCCAAGGACAUGGGAGGACAGCUGGGAGGACUAGCUGGUACUACCACUGUAAACAUUACUCUCACGGAUGUCAAUGACAACCCACCCAGAUUUCCUAAGAGUAUCUUCCAUUUAAAAGUACCUGAGUCCUCUCAUGUUGGUUCUGCUAUUGGAAGGAUCAGAGCUGUGGACCCUGAUUUUGGGAAAAAUGCAGAAAUUGAGUAUAACAUAGUUCCAGGAGAUGGAGGGAACUUGUUUGACAUCUCAACAGAUGAGAACACCCAGGAAGGAGUUAUCAAACUGAAAAAGCCAUUAGACUUUGAAACAAAAAAGGCUUAUACCUUUAAAGUUGAGGCCUCCAAUCUCCAUCUUGACCAUCGAUUUCACUCAGUGGGUCCGUUCAAAGAUACUGCCACUGUGAAGAUAAAUGUGUUGGAUAUGGAUGAACCUCCAGUUUUCAGCAAGCCUAUGUACACAAUGGAGGUUUAUGAGGAUACACCUGUGGGGACCAUUAUAGGUGCAGUGACUGCACAAGACCUUGAUGCUGGCAGCAGCUCAGUUAGAUACUUCAUCGAUUGGAAGAAUGAUGUGGACAGCUACUUUACAAUAGAUGCUACUGAAGGAACCAUUGCUACUAAUGAAUUACUGGAUAGAGAAAGCACAGCACAAUACAAUUUCUCUAUAAUUGCAAGUAAAGUUAGUAACCCACAAUUAACCAGCAAAGUCAACGUUAUAAUAAAUAUCCUGGAUGUCAACGAGUUUCCUCCAGAAAUUUCAGUUCCAUAUGAGACAUCCGUAUGUGAAAAUGCCAAGAUGGGACAGGUGAUACAGAUUAUCACUGCAGCAGACAAAGAUUUGUCACCAGCUGGGCAAAGGUUUUCCUUCAGAAUGUCACCUGAGGCCUCCAACAAGCCAAAUUUCACAGUCCAUGACUACAGAAACAACACAGCUGGGAUUGAAACCAGGAGAAAUGGUUACAGCAGAAGGCAGCAAGAGCUGUACUUUCUUCCAAUAGUGAUAGAAGAUAGCAGUUACCCUGUCCAGAGCAGCACAAACACGUUGACUAUUCGUGUUUGCAGAUGUGAUUCUGAUGGUACCAUCCAGUCCUGCAAUGUGGAAGCAAUCUUCUUGCCAGUAGGCCUCAGCACAGGAGCACUGAUUGCAAUCUUGUUGUGUAUUGUCAUACUUUUAGUCAUUGUGGUACUGUAUGUAGCACUACGAAGGCAGAAGAAAAAGGACACCCUUAUGACCUCUAAGGAAGACAUCAGAGAUAAUGUUAUCCAUUAUGAUGACGAAGGAGGUGGAGAAGAGGACACCCAGGCUUUUGACAUAGGUGCCCUGAGGAAUCCCAAAGUGAUAGAAGAUAACAAAAUACGCAGAGACAUAAAACCGGACACCUUGCGUUUUUCACGUCAUAGACCACUAGUUGAAGAUAACACAGACAUAAGAGAUUUCAUUAAUCAAAGGCUACAGGAAAACGAUGUAGAUCCAACUGCACCCCCUUAUGACUCCUUGGCAACCUAUGCUUAUGAAGGAAAUGGAUCUGUUGCAGAGUCUCUCAGCUCUAUAGACUCCCUUACUACAGAGGCAGAUCAGGAUUAUGACUAUCUGAGUGACUGGGGACCUCGCUUUAAGAUCUUGGCAGAUAUGUUUGGAGAAGAAGAAAGUUAUAACACUGACAAAGUCACUUAAGUACAACAGUGAAAUAAAAAGUAAAGCAACCACAAAUUAGAAAGAUAAACCUAAGCUUUAUAUACGUCAGGAUUCAUUUGAUUACAAAAGAACUGUUUCAGCAAGUUACUACACGUAUCAUACUGUCAGUUUUGGUUUGAUCUGCAAAGGAAUGAAAAAAAAAACAUGCAAUAUACACAGUUUUUUGCUGUUGUUAUUUUGUUACUCUGGAAUUACACUGAGACAAGCUCAGGCAUACAAGGUACAGUUUACUGACCUGACUUAGAAAGAAGAUAGCUUUCUGGCAUCAUGGUGGAAGAGUGGUAGCUUUUUCGUAAUUCCACUAAAGUGCCUAUUGAAACUUUUCUUGUUUAAGUGGUAAAGAGUCUGCUGUGAUGGUGUUACAAAACUGAAUGGUAAAUUGGAGAAGAACUUUAAGACAAGAAACAAUAGCAACAUGCUGACUUCAUUUAGGACAAAAAUGGAGAUCACUUCCUGGAGUGUAUCUAAGAACUAAAAUGAAGGUGGGGGUGGGGGUGUACAUUGUGUUUGUUUGGGGGUCAUCUUUGUUUUUUUUAAAGAAGAAAACAGUAUGUCAAGACGUCAUAUAUCUUCUUCUGAAAUUUCACUGAAAAUUUAGAUUUAAAAUUCUAUUGCUCACUCUGAAGACGUAAAGCCCAGUUAAAGGAAAAGAUCUUAGCAUACAUCAGUGAAUAUUUAAAAUGUUCAUGCAAAUAUUACAUUUUUUCCAAAAUAAUAAAAAGAUGAAAGCAGCUAUUC